UGUGCGGAGGCAUAUGUGCACAAACAAACGAUAACUUGUGGGGGACAUUUAUUUUCACAUGAGAAAAGCAAAUGAACUGGGUAUAGGCAGGUAACCAAGUGGUUAAGGAGAAACCCUCUCCUGAACCGUCACCUUGCCGCUGUUGAGAGGCUUGCGUAUCGCAAUGACCAUGAAACGACCAAUGCGACAAAUCGAAACCGGAAGUUUAGACAGCCUAUCAGUGUAAUCUUGAAUCAGAUUCACUCUAACCUUCCACACUGUAACAACCUGAAGCAUUUGUGCGGAAUCCAAAGAUGACCUUAGCCACCACCUUCCUGUUUUUUGCGAUCCAUUCUGCCUGUAUUGGAGCUGGAAAUUCCUCGGAGAAAUUUGUCAAAGUGGAGUGUAAAGAAGAAUACCAUGGGGUUUAUGGUCAGCAGUCAUUGCUGCAGUGUAAUGUCAAAGCUGUUCAGAACGUGACCAUCUCGACCGUGACCUGGAAGAGGGUGGAAGUUGAUACUCUUUUGUUGGAAUACCAUGAAGAUACAUUUAACCUAAUUCCUGGGUUUAAAUUUGCUGAGCCAUCCUGGAACAAGAAUAAUACGAAUGUGUCCUUGUUGUUGACUAAUACCAAGAUGGCCGACAAGGGGGUGUAUGAAUGCAUGGUGAGAACAGACCGUGGUGAUGAUAUAGCUACAACCAGCCUCAGUGUCAAAGCUAUGUACCUAACUCCAACCAUGAGCUCCAUCCCUGAGACCAACAUCAAAGAGAACACAGAUGUGACCAUUUUCUGCAACUCUACAGGCGGACAACAGAUAGGGUUGAUCUGGUGGUUUGACCAGUUUGGCAGCAAUAGGACGCGCAGUGCUGAACUGGUGGCCAAAGAGACUGACGAUGGACUGUUCAGCCUCUCCAGUAGAUUCAAAGUGCUGAAGGCUACUUCCAGUUCCACAAACUACACGUGCAAAGUGCUCAAUGUCAAUGGUGCCGAGGAGGGGAUGGCAUCAUUUGUGAUCCAGUUUGCGGUGAGAGAGUUAGGUAGUGAAGCUGCCAGAUUGGAUUCUGUGUCCACCACCAAUUGGCUAGCCCCGGUUGUAGUCAUAGGAUCUCUGAUCAUUGGACUCCUUAUUGCGCUGCUGUUAUUUAGGAAGCGCUCCGCCCAACAUUUUGUGUCAUUUUUGACAGGAGCUCGAAGGCAGUCCACCUUUCCGUUAAUGAGUGACCACCAAACAGAUACCAGGCAUGAUCGAGAUGUUGAGACAGAAGGUCUAAACUGUGACAGUCCACAGAACCAGCAUUCCAGUCUCUAGUAAAUGAUUCGUUAACUGGCAGUCUCUGGAAGGGAUUGUUUCCUUGACGAUCAAUAAGGGGCUUGUCACUAUUUUUUGAUGGACUGUUUCCUGUUAAGUGUCCGAUGACAGUCACUUUGGCAUUCAGGUCAUUCUGAUUGAGGCAUUUGUUUCUUCAUAAUCUACUGAUGAUGGCAGCCUUUAAGGUCUGUGGUUGAUUACAAAUGAUAUGUAACUGCCCUAUAUAUCAAUGUUUCUAUACAGGGAUGCCAUGGUGUCACAAUGCUCUAGAUUCUACCACUGCAGAACAUUGGUAUACUGUAAUACCAGGUAAUCUAAUCACUGUACACACUAUACAACAAGGUGCAUGGUUUAACAUUCCAUGUUUCCUAUACUGUAGAUUCUACCAUAGUGGUUGUUAAUACUAUACUGUAACACCAUACCAUCUAAUUACUAUAACUUUACACACUGUUCUAUACUAAGGUUGUGCGAACAUUCAAUUUGAACACAGCACUUUUCUGAAAAACAUGUAGUAAAACUGGUUUCCCUUCUGAAAGAGGGUUUCGCAAGACUGUACAACAACCACUCUGAUAACCAAAAGCCUGUUGCUCCUACCACAGAUGAUUAUGUUUUUGGUCUUCCUCUUUCUCCUUUCUUCUUGUGUUGCGCUAUCUGCUGGUGGAAAAUUCAGAUCAAUAUUUAUAUAAAUACCAGCCUUUAAACACCGUGGUUGAUGACUGUUGAUGAUGUUUAAAAGACUAACAUGAUUGGUUCUGUACAGCAGGGUUCCCCAACUGGCGGUCCACGGGCCAAAUUGGAUUUAUUUGCCCCCCAAGUUUUCAUAAAUGGACUAUAAAAACACCAGGAAAUCAGCUCCAAGUUAUUUUAAUUUAAGAAGUCUGUUCCCAAGUGUUCCCACGCAUAAUAGAGAGACACGUGAUCAUAUAGAAAUGUAAGCAAGGUUUGAAAUGAUUACGUUUUAGUCAAACGUUAUAUAUUUUUGGGCUUCUUGUGUUUCAUUUGCAGUCUACACAUUUUUUGUAAUUAUGUUCCGGCCCCCCGACUCAAGAAAAAAAUCUUCCCGCGGCUGAAUCUAGUUGAUGAUCCCUGCUAUAUAGGGUUGCCAUAGUGUCAGUAUACUGUAGAUUCUACCAGCAUGAUUGUUAAAUGGGUACUCUUAACACCAAGCCAUCUAAUCAUUGUACCGUUUCACACUAUACUAGAAGGUUCAUGAGCAAUGUUCCCUCUGAUUUUUUUCAUCACUGAGCAAACUUCAGGUCUGCUGAGCGCAAACUUGAACGUUGUGAAAAUUCUGUCCCACUUCUGGACGCGUGUUUACUGUGAACACUGAGAAUGUACCCACUUUAAGUUAGUUUUAACAGUGGUCAAGUAGGCUAGUGUGUCUAUUUGAUCAUAAUGUAAGCCUACCAGAGUGGCUUACCAUAAAAACCAAUGGAACAAAUGCAUUCCAUAUCAUUUUAAAAUGGAAAUAGCUGUUCUAUCAUUCAUACAGUAGCAGCAAUGUGUGGUGUUCAAUGUAGACCUGCAUUCAAUGAGACUUUUGAAGAAAACAUGCGAGGCUUGACAUUAGCCUGUUUCUCCACUUGUCCUUCAGACAAGGAGGUGACUGACAAUGUUGUUGUGUUGUUUGUUUAUGCGUGUACAUAGCACUUUUCCAAAAAUAUGAAGUAAACUGGUUUCACCUCUGAAAGACGAUUCCGAUAGAUACUACUAUGCCUGCCACUAUUCUCCCUGGACUUUGAUUCUGCUACAAUGUGUAUGUGAAGAAAUGCUAGGCUAAAUAUAAAUAGUACAUUACUUUUGACUAGAAGGAAUCGGGUGCCAUUUUGAAUUCAACCUUUGACUUGACUUUGUGUAAUCUCUGGAAUUUAUUGUAACAUUAACCAACCUAGUUACCAACAGCCAGCCUGUUACUUCAACAGUUCUACUGCAGCAGUUUCUUUUAUUUUGUCCUUCCUUUUUCUGCUGGUGGAAAAUUCUGAUCUAUGUCAAUGUUUUGCCCAGGCUCGCCUCCAUGAAGUCAUUUUAAUGGUAUGCAACAGUAUACAUGAACAAAAAAAUGGACUAGAGUCAAUUAUUAAUCUGAGAGAAUUGGUAUCAGUUUCAGGGCAACAUAGACAUUUUCACCUGGUGGUUGAUUAUGAUACAUUUGGAAAAACAUUUAAAAACGAUUUGUGUUAUGCAAGGGGCAGCAAUUGUCUUAUAUUUAUAUAAUGAUCGUUUCAGUUCCCAUGAUGUUUUACUGCUAUCAUGUUGCUGUUGAUGGCAUUACAAAUCGACUGAGAAAUCUGUUGUUGUAUUGUGGCAACUUGAGGUGAAUGCCGUCCACAACUAGACUACACCUCCCACAAUUCCUUCUAACUCCUCUACAGUAUCUGUUCCUUCUUACUUAAGUGCAUACUUGGCAGUUAGCACUGUAGAUACAGAUAUGAUGAACCUAUUUCUAUGCCAGUCAGCAUGGAACUAGUCAGGGCUCUUCCAAAGAAGGCUGGACUUUGAUCUUUUUUGUUGUCGAUUUUUGCUCAGAUCUACCAUGGUGGCUUGAGAUGUUUGUGUGUGAAGUUAUGAUUAUUUCCCAAUUCAAACCAAAAUAAGACAUGUUAUUUCGUAGUGUAAGAGGUCAGGAUGAGAGAGGAAUCCUGUCUAUAUGUGAAGUGAUUAUCAAGUGAUUAUUUUUUUUAAAGACAACUUUCUGUUUUCAGCACAUAGAUAUGCCUGCUCUGCACCUUACCCCAUACAACAUACUUUGUUAUUGCUACAUUUUGUAUGUUUUUAUAUGUGACUUUGUUUGUUAUUAAUUGUAGAAUUGAAAUUAAAGCUUUUUUACUUUGUCCAGAUAUAACAUGUAAAUAAUAUUUUGUAUAAUAUGUCCUGGUAUAUUUUGCACUGUGAAUUUCCUGUUCAGAUCCUGCACUAUACUGUUCAUUAACUAUAGGGCAGUGAGAAAGUUGUUACACUGAACGUUUUGUAAAUAUUUUCAAUUGUUGUUUUUAAAUACUAUAAUCUUUAAACAAAUAAAAAUCAUAAUUGAU